GUAUCAUAUUCGCAAGAGUCACUUCAGAUUUUCCUAUUCGAGAAGCCGCUUGGUUUUACUGGAACAGUUCAAGAUGAUGUUCAUUUUAGCCUUUUUCGCCGCAUUGGGUAUGGUUGUUAAUGGACAAAUAGACGUUACAGGGUGUGCUACAUUUACAGCCGAGCUUGGUCAAUGUAAAACUAAUCAUCAAGUGACGGGUUCAGAAACUUUAGUCAUCGACAAUUAUUUAAAAUUUUAUACAACAUCUACUAGCGUUAUCUGCGCAGAUAAUUUCUCAGCACAACUGGAAUGCGCGAUAACAGCCUAUAUAAAUUGUGGUAACGAAAUUUCAAUAGAAGUUGUUGCUGAACCAGCAACAUAUAAACGCUCUCUCAAGGAAGUUUGUGACAGCAAAGAAGAUUAUAAAGCAGAUUGUAUUUCUGUUUCUUUUGACACAUGUGUAAAGGCUAAUUUGGAUACACCAGGAGCCAACACCACAGCUGAAGAUUCAAAGAAAUACUAUUGCACAUUGUUUGAUCAAGCCAUCAAUUGUACCGACACCGACGCCGGGGUAUCUGGUUGUGAAAAACCGAAUACGAAGACGAUACUGAAAGAUGUUUUGACUGAUUUAAAGCCACAAGCUUGUGGAACAACUACCAUCAUAUUAACAACGUCUCUGUUGGUAUUCUCUCUCGUUUUCUCUUUGUUCUUCUAAGUUUUCGAUUAGAAUGGUUACACAAAUAAUAGACACUGAAAGUGGAAAACUAUGUUACACAGAUCCAGUCUGUAUUACUUGAAUAACCAUUCUCGUUUUUUAAAGUUUAAUAAUUGUUAGUUUGUAUUGUAUUUUGAGUUGGAAAAGGUGUCAAGUUUGUUUUGAUGAACGCCCGUAGUUGAAAAAUUAUCGGUAGAAUUAAUGAUAAACAAACUUGUUAUCUUAUAGUAGUCAAGCAAAACUAUUUAUGCACGGAUACGAUUUAAAACAUUGACACAAACAAUCCACUAUCUUUUGAAGUAGAAUAGGUUAGUUAUAAACACAAUAUAAAAUUUGGUUAUAGAGUGGUAAUAACUACUUAUUCUGCCUCAAAUAAAAAUUUACUACUAUUGUGUUUAUGUUUUGUGUAUGAUCCGGCUGUACUUAACUAUCUUUGCUAGACUUUAGAGGUUUGCUUAUGUAUUUUCUAUGUUCAUCUAUCCUAUCUAUCCUACCCUAUCCAAUGCAAUAUAUAAAAUAGAAUAAUAGAAUAUUAUAUAAGAUAUAUAAUACAAACCCAAAUGUACGAUAGAGCAAUAUCAUGUUGGUAUCGUAGAAUAAUAUGAUAAUUUGAGUAUAUACCCAAUACUCAAUUUGAAGGGUAUUUGUGUGCUUGCUUUAGUAUUAAUAAAGUCAGAUAUAUCUAUCAACAGCCAUAUAUGCAUCAUAAAAAGAUUAUGUGCAUAGGGAACACCGAGGGAAUCAAUUAGCAUCCUUCCCAUUAAUAAUUAUACGCAAUCGGACGUCUUUGGUUCUUGAAAUUGCACUUAAACUCUGCUUUAUAUGGCGUAACAAUCGCAAAUGUCCUUAAUAUAAAAUAUUAUUUCAAUAACACCUUUUCCGAAAGUGAAGUCAUCAAAAACUUACUUUAAGUUGAAUUGCAAGCGACUGUCUGAUAUCGGAAUGGUGCUUAUAGGCGAAAUCAAUGUCCCUGAUACAUAUAUAAAGAACCUCGUACAAAUUUGUUUGAUAUGAACAGCUGCAUUUGCAUUUGAUAUUCAAUGUGAGAUUUAUAUUAUUUCUAAUGUGUUCAUAUUAAGUUACUCUUGUUAUUUUAGAUUUAUAUUAUGUCUCGUUUGUUCAAACUAUGUUAUUUAAGAUGUAUAUUAUCUCUAGUGUGUUUAUAUUAAGUUACUCAUGUUAUUGUAAAUAUUUUUUUUUUUUAGAUGUUUGAAUUUGUCGAUAAUUCUGUAUCGUUUAUUUUGUAUGAGAGAACUAUUAUACAAAUAAACUUCCUGUCUCUU